AUAAACCUUUGAAGUUCAUUCAUACAGUUUAUUCUGGUUCAAGAAGUUGACAGCGUAACAUUAAAUUACUACGAACGGUUGUAAACGUUAUUUCAUUUCAGGAUGCCAAUCGGAGAAUCACUAGCAAUAUUUCAAAAAGUUUCGAAAUGGAGAAAGUCAAAAAGGAAAACACAGAAAAAGAGCCGACCACGUAGUAUCUUGGAUGUGACAGAUAUAAUCAGAAACAUCGAGGGUCUAGAUUCUUCUUACCAUUCUUUUGAUGUUGAUUUUCAGUACGAAAUUCCUUCCAAUCUUCCGGAAAUUCCUAAACAAUCUCGCAAAACCGAAAAAUCACGGAAAUCUGAAAAUCGAAAAUCUUGGAUGUCAUUUAUGUGUGGAAGGAAUAAUUUUGACUUUGAUGAUCCAAAUGAAGAAGCCCCAAGGCCAGAGAAAUUGUCAAAUAAACAGGAAGGUGAUGUAGAAAUUACAAAGCAACUUCAACAAGAACAAGAAGAAGAAGACAUCAAAACAAAACCAACAACACCGAGUCAAAGUGAGUUAGAUGACAUUGAAAACCUAACCGAAUCGCCGAUUUCUUCACAAAAUAAAAGACUGUCAUGGAUGUCUUUAAUGUGCGGGAGUCAAAAAAAUUUGGAUUUCGAAAACCAGCAUGUCCUUUCAAUGAAACCCGAUAAAUCAUCACCAAAACAAAUUAACAAAGAGGAAAAUAGAAAAUCAUGGAUUUCACUUGUGUGUGGAAGUGGGCAUAAGGAAAAUAACUUUAGGAAGUCUGUAUAUAGAGAUUCCGGAAUCUCUCUCCUUUCGGAAGACAGCGAGGUUCAUCCAAUACAGGCGCAUUCCAAAUUUCAAAGCAGAUCAUGUGAUGACAUUUUAGACAGUCUACGUCACAGUGACGAUAAAUGUGAGGUGUUCAGUGAUGAAUCUUUUGAAUGUGGCUCUCCUUCAAUGAACAAUCUCUUCAGAACUUCGAGCAUCCAAGAAAAUUCCUUUCAGAUAAUGCGCAGACGACAUAGAAAUGUGAAACGAAGGCGUGGAAUUGACUGCGACUCGUGUUACAGCUCGUGCGACUUUAAGAUUUUAGCGGGAAGUAAAAGUGAAGGAGACUUGACCAGGGUUGGCUCUUUCGUUGAAAGAGAAGUUCGGUUUUCAGGAAUUGAAGAAACAUUUAAAGACAAAUCAGUUUCAUCGAUGGAAGUGUGUCGAAUUAACAGCGUACACCUUAAAUCAUGGCAAAUCCGUCGCCAAAGACGAGACCAGAAGAACAAACUGAAACGAGCAUCUAGAAAUCUUGAACUUGUGUUAAGCAAGGACUUCGAAUUCGAAGAACGAUUGAUAAUGUAAAUUUUUUUAUUCAAAUAUAAUUUGUGUGUUGUAAAAUUUGUACAUAUGUAAGUUCAUGUAAAAAAUUAAUCAAGUACUAUUUUAAGUACUGUAAUAUGGAUAUAAACGGGUUAAAUUUUAUCAAAAUUUAUGAAUGUACCGAAAUACUCUUUAAUUCUGCCAUUUCAUUUAAAACAUCCAUCAUGAUUGUAAAUUCAUAAUGUUUUGAAAAUAAAAACUAUGUAUUUCAAAUUUGACAA